AUGGAACUACUCGCAGCCUGUUUUCCUUGUCUCCCUGUUCCUCGCGCUCCAGUCCUUAGGAUCAAUGGGGGAUCAUUCAGGAUCAUCAAACUUCUUGGGGAAGGAGGGUUCUCAUAUGUGUAUUUAGUGGAGCUGAGUGAUGGCAAUCGCUACGCCCUUAAGAAGAUCAGAUGUGCUUAUGGUGCCGAAAGUAUUAAGAACGCAAUGAAUGAGGUGGCUGCGUACAAGGAAUUCAACAGCCCGUACAUUAUCAAGAGCGUCGAUACCAGCAUCGUGGAAGAGAAAGACGGGCUGAAGUCUAUCUAUAUUCUUUUACCGUACUACGAACACGGGACACUUCAGGACCUAUUAACCGAUAAUAUCAUUAAAGGCAACCAUAUUAAUGAAAAUGAAGCCAUACGAUUAUUCAUUGGUAUUUGUCGUGGGUUACAGGUGAUGCAUCGUCAUAAACUUAGCUACGCGCAAAAUAGUUCCACCACUAACGAUAUCGACAUGGAGAUCCAGCGGAUGACAAGAGACUCUCAUGAUAUCACUCCUAGCAACAAGAAAAAAGGCCUUGAUGAUAUCAACAGGGCGUUGGAAUCUCGAGAAUCCGAUGUUUUACUUCUUGAUAGUGAUGAGGAAGACGACGAUCAAGAAAUCGACACCGAUGCCGAUACCCUUAUGGGGCUGACCACCGCCCAGAAUGUGGCCCACGCGUUAAACGAAGGGGGCUCUUUAACGGGUAACGAUAAUUUGUUCCUUGAAACCACAGAAAUGGGAGAAACGGUGCCGUACGCCCACCGAGACCUCAAACCCGCCAAUGUCAUGUUAUCUGUUGAUGGGAUCCCUGUGCUCUGUGAUUUGGGAUCUACUGCAAAAGCCCAUAUCCAUAUUAAGAACCGUCAACAGGCUUUGUCUCUUCAAGAUCUUGCUGCUGAACAUUGUACCUUGCCAUAUCGUGCCCCAGAACUCUUGGAUGUCAGUACCGGGGCAUUCAUUGAUGAAAGAAUCGAUAUUUGGUCUUUAGGUUGUACUUUAUACGCUUUGCUUUAUGGAUCUUCGCCUUUCGAAAGAGCUGAAGCAGAAAGUGGAGCCAGCGUGAGUUUGGCAAUCAGUUCUGGUAAAUAUGAGUUCCCUCGUGAUGAUGUGUACUCCGAUAAUAUUAAAGAUCUUAUCAAAUUCUGUUUGGUUCUUGAUCCCCUGAAAAGACCAACAAUAGAACAAGUUCUCUCCAAAGCUUUGACUUUGAGCCAAUAG